AGGUUUCCCCCUCCCCUUUUUCUCGUUGCUGGUGUUUGAGGCGAGACCUCUCCGUGGGGUUCGUUCUCCUUCCAGCAGUACUACGGUAAAUAAGGGCAAGGAACUCGAGCUAUGUCUGCUAACAGGAACCUGAAGCAAGUGAAGAUCGAGAACAGUUCCCCGGCGGCCGCUCCGCCGAUGAGCAUGGUGGGCGGCGGCACCAUGAAAGGGCUGAGGGGUUUGGAGCAGCCGACAGAGAACGAAGCGCUGGCGGCGGCCAUGGUGAUGGUGAAGGAAGAGGAGGAGCAGAGUGGCGGCGGCUUCACCGUUGACAUAAAGAGUUUCCUCAAGCCCGGCGAGAAGAGCUACACGCAGCGGUGCCGUCUCUUCGUAGGAAACCUGCCCACCGAUAUCACCGAGGAGGAUUUCAAGCGCCUUUUCGAGCGCUAUGGGGAGCCCAGUGAGGUCUUUAUUAACCGUGACCGCGGCUUUGGCUUCAUUCGUUUGGAAUCUAGGACUCUGGCUGAAAUAGCAAAGGCAGAACUUGAUGGAACUAUUUUGAAGAGCAGACCUCUACGAAUUCGAUUUGCUACUCAUGGAGCUGCUUUGACUGUAAAGAAUCUUUCACCUGUUGUUUCUAAUGAACUUCUGGAGCAAGCUUUCUCUCAAUUUGGUCCUGUGGAAAGAGCUGUUGUUGUUGUUGAUGAUCGUGGCAGAGCAACAGGGAAAGGCUUUGUAGAAUUUGCUGCAAAACCUCCUGCACGUAAAGCUCUGGAACGAUGCAGUGACGGUGCAUUCUUGCUGACAACAACCCCUCGACCUGUUAUUGUAGAACCUAUGGAACAAUUUGAUAAUGAAGAUGGGUUGCCUGAGAAAUUAAUGCAAAAAACACAACAGUAUCAUAAGGAAAGAGAACAGCCACCACGUUUUGCCCAACCUGGAACAUUUGAAUUUGAAUAUGCUUCACGUUGGAAGGCUCUUGAUGAAAUGGAAAAGCAACAGCGUGAACAAGUUGAUAGAAACAUUAGAGAAGCUAAGGAGAAACUGGAAGCAGAAAUGGAAGCAGCUCGACAUGAACAUCAGUUGAUGCUGAUGAGACAAGAUCUUAUGAGACGUCAAGAAGAACUGAGACGUUUGGAAGAGCUAAGAAAUCAGGAGCUACAGAAAAGAAAGCAAAUACAAUUGAGACAUGAAGAAGAACAUAGGCGUCGUGAAGAAGAGAUGCUGCGCCAGAGAGAACAGGAUGAAUUGAGGAGACAACAGGAAGGAUUUAAGCCAAAUUUCAUGGAUAAUAGAGAACAGGAAAUGAGAAUGGGUGAUAUGGGUCCUCGUGGAGCAUUAAACAUGGGAGAUGCCUUUAGCCCAGCACCUGCUGGAAACCAAGGUCCUCCUCCUCCACCUCCAAUGAUGGGUAUGAAUAUGAACAACAGAGGAACAAUGCCUGGCCCUGCAAUGGGUCCUGGUCCUUCCUUGGGGCCAGAAGGAGCUGCAAACAUUGGAACCCCAAUGAUGCCAGAUAAUGGAGCUGUGCAUUCUGAGAGAUUCCCUCAAGGAGGCCCACCGCAAAUGGGUUCACCUAUGGUUAGUAGGACAGGCUCUGAAACUCCUCAACCGGCUAUGGGUGGUGUAGGUGCCGUCAGUAGCGGACCCGGUGGCUUUGGUAGAGGAAAUCCAGGGGGAAGCUUUGAAGGACCUAACAAGCGUCGCAGAUACUGAAACUUUUCAUACUGUUGAGAAAAUUGAAUUACUAUCUGGUGUUAUGCCUUUCUAAUUUUAACUGUUACCUUAAGACGGUUUUGUUGUUAAUGUAGUCAUUAAACUUUUUUGUUUUGUUUUGGGGGGUAACCCUUAGAUAUUUUUUUAAUUCAGUCAUAGGCUUUAGCAUAGAGCAGAAAUACUGUGCUUCAUUUUGUACGUCAGAUGUUUGUGACCUCAGCAGACUAUGUGACCAUGCUGUGAAAUCUGUGAGUUACAUGCUUACAAUAAAAUAGAAAACAAAUAACUUUAAAUGAUUUUGAAACUUCAUUAUGAAUACUGUCCUUAACUUUAAUUGUAAGCAUACAUUUUAGUUUUUCAGUUUAAUGCCUUUUUUUGAAAAGAAAAUGCUUUAUCCAAUGUAACUGUAUACAAAUUAAAAAGGAGCUUGCAAUAUACACUAGAACAACUGUUGAGACUAUAGCAGCUUUAGAACAACUGAGACUUUAAAUAAGCCAUUAUAGAUCUGUUAAUAAAAUAAAUGUUUCCAACAUGUAAAAAACUAUUUUGAACUGGGAUUGUCAUCACAAUGUACCCUUUGUUCAACUUCCAAAUAAACUUUUUGAGUCUUGAAAAACCUCCCAAGUAUUAAAUAUUCACCUGCAGUUUUAUAGUCCUAGAUUGUGAUUGGUAAUCUGUUUUAAAGUAAUGGAAAUGCAGGUCAUGCACAUUUAUAAAAAUUAACUUGUGUUUGUUUUAAAAAUAGCUUGUACUAGAAUGAAAGAAGUUAUACUAGACUGUGUAGACUUGGUGUUGCCUUCAUAGAAUGUAAGUUCAGCUGUAUUCUCACAACUUCAGCAUUCUUGAAAAGUUUAUUUUUUCAAUUCUAUUAUGACUGUAGAAAUAUCGAUCCUAUAACAUGAAAAAAUAUUCAUAUUUAAGUAACUGGUUAGUGAUCAUAAUGUUUAGCUCUUACAUCAGGCAAAGUGUUUACAGUUGUGCUUCAUUUAAAUACAUACAGUAUUUUCAGUGAGAAAAUAGCACAAACUUUCUCUAGCUUUUCACAGGGAUGGAGUAUAGCCAAUGAAAUGUAUAACCACUUAUCUAAAAAGCAUAAUUUGGCCAUGUUAUGUAUGGAGGGAUGAAAAGAUACUGGCACAUUUUGUGGUGAUACCAUGUGAGGUUUAUUGUUAGAUUAAUAGUUGCCAAUGAAAUGCUAUCAUAUUGGCAAAAUAGAGUGUAUCUAGAGUUAUAUGUAAAGAAUUGCUGUUAAUAAGCACUGCACAUUGCGUGAGCAGAUUAAGGGUUGGAACAUUUGUGGUAAAGUAUGUUACCAGUUGUUCAUGAUCUCUGUGCCUGUGUGGAGCCUGUUGCCAGGAAGAUUCUACAGCUAAGUGUCAUUUUGGGUGGGAGCUCCUUCCUUUCUUGCUCCCUGCAUCAGUGGGAGGGACUUUCACCCAUUCCCCAAAUCCUUUUUCAACUGCCUCCAUGCCUAGAUAAUGAAGUGCUUCUCUCCUCAACUUGAGUAUUUUUUCAACAUUUAUUACUUGUUUCUCUUUACCACUUUCUACUCUUUAGCUCCCUAUUCAGCUACCAUCCCUCCGUGAACUAAAUAGACAAGAAUGUUCACUUUUUAAGCAACUAGAAGAGAGAGUUGGUUUUCCUGUAGUUCCAUGUAUAUUAUCAAGGUAAGACAGUGACUUGACAGUAGCAAUCAUGUUUCAUCCAGGUAAUGUGAUGUAACAUGAUUGCAGAAAUGCCUUGGUAGGGUAUUUGGAUGACUGGAUAUAUUUUUUCCCUCUUGAAUGCUGCCAAACUAAAUUACAAUGGAACUUGAUCCAAAUGCUCAUAUCUGUUCACUCUUCAUUAUUUGUUGUCUGGACAACAGGUUACUGAUGAGUUUUCCUAGGUUAUAUUUCAGAUUUCUGGUAUAGGCAAAGUAGAUGCAAUUUUUGAAAUACUUGUGUUUGACUUUUGCUAGUUUCCUUAUAUAAUUUUUAUCAUAAUAAAAUGACAACACACUCAAAAGGCUGCUGUGUAACAAUAUUUAAAGACCCUGUGCACAUAACUUUUCCUAUUAAACAGUUCUUGUUUUCUGUAAAAUAACAUGGCAAAUGUGGAAUGUAGCUGAACUUCUACUGUUACAUGCUGUCAAAUUAUCUCUCUUAAUGGUGACCCGAUGAAUGAGUAACCUCCAAAUUGCCCUGUCCUUGAAACCUUGAAAGCCAUACUCAGCUCUUGUAAGCUCUUACUCAGCUAUGGUAUCCUUCAUGGAAUUGGUACAUUUCAUAGUUGAUCUUCCUUUCUUCUUCUGACUUCAACUUUACCUGUUAUUUGUGUCUUCUCCUGUAGAUCAUGCCUUCUUAUAAAGAUCCUGAAGAACAACAGCUUCAAUUUCAUCAUUUUUGCAUCCAGGGAAAGUUCUGACUUGAUUUGAUCAAGCCACUUGUUUAUCUUGCUUUCAAUUUUGGGUAUUCACAAAAGCUUUUCUUCCAGCACCAUGUUUCAAAGGCAUCAGUUUUCUUCCUGUCAGCUUUCUUCACUGUCCAUCUUUUACAUCCAUACAUUGUGAGUUUGGAUGAUCUUGAUCUUGGUCUCUAGUUUAAAAAAAAACCCUUACACUUGAUGAUCUUUUCUUAUAAGUGGAGCACUUACAAGUCUGCCUUCUUAUUUUUUGGCUCCAGUUUCCUUUUGAAUUGAUGAUUGAGGCAAGUUAAUGCAAAAUCUUUUGACAAUUUCAAGUUUCUUCAUUUAUGAUAUUUAAGUUCUGUAAUUCUUCUAUAGUUAAGAUUUAUGUUUCAGCUGCAGUCCUGCUUCUGCACUUAUUUCACUUUCAUCAAGAGUCAUUUCAAUUCAGUGUUGCUUCCUGUCAGUGAUAUGGCAUCUGUAUAUCUUAAAUUAGUGAUGUUUCUUCUGCCUAUUUUCUUUUUUUUUUAAUUCUAAUCCAGCUUUCCUGUUUGUAUAUGGAUUGAAAAGAUGAGGAGAUAUAAGCAAUGGCAUCAAAAAGGGGGUAUUUUAAGACACAAUUAAAUCUCUCCAUAAUCUGUCCUAACAGCAGCAUCUUCCACAAUCAUAUCCACCAUCAUAUCCACAAUAUGAGCAUCAAGUCAAUCAAAUGCUGAGGUGCUCCCAUUUCUUUCAGGACCAUCCAUUGCUUCUCAUGAUCCACAUGAUCCACUGAAAUGGAUCUUCAGUCUAUAAAGAAAGCAAAGGUUAAUCUUCUGACAUUCUUUGGUAUGUUCCAGUAGCCACUGUAUAUUUGAGAUACGAUCUCAAGUGCCUUUUUUUUAGAAUUCAGCUUGAACAUAUAUUUUGCUUCAUAUAGAGUAAAACACUUUAAGCAUCACUUUGCUUGCAAGGAACAUUAGUGCAAUGGUCCUCUGGUUGCUGCACUCCUUAGCAUUUCCUUUCUUGGGCAUUGGAAUGUACAUUGAAUGUUUCCAGCCGAUGGACCAUUAUUAUCUUCAUCAGUUUCUGCAGCCUGGACUAGUACUGUUGGUACCCUACUAUGGGUACUUUAUUCCUCACAAGUGCUUUCAGAGCAGCUUUCACUUCACUUUUUGAUUUUACAAGUUCUUUCUCAGGAGUCCUCUUUGAAGGAGUCUGUCACGCUUUUAUCUGCUCUGUAUAGCCUUGUACAUUGAAACUAUCUUGCAUUUAUUUUCUUCUGGUCAGACAGUAUGUCCACUUGUUGGUCUUUCAGCAUUCCUAAUCUAAGUUUGAAUUUCUCUUUGAAUUCUUGGAUCUUUUUGAAGUGGUCUCUUUUUUUCUUCUUUUUUCUACUAUUUCUUUGCAGUGGCCAUUAUAAUAGUUCUUUUUGUGAUAGUCACUGGAAAGUUUUAUUCAAGAUUCUCACCGUGUUUCUGACACCCUUUACUUUUGUUACCUGCCUAGCCUUAGCAGUUGUGGCAAUUUCUUCCAUUAUCCAUCUAGUCUUGUCUUUUCUUUUUACUACAGGAAUUAUCUUUCGGCAUUCUUCUAAUAACCCCUCUGCUUUCAUUCCACAGUUGAAAACUGUACAGUGAAAUAGCCCAAAAUGAAACUAGAAAUAGUGCCAGAAGAUGAGACUUCCAGAUUGAAAGUCACUGAACCAGCUAUUAGGCAAGAGCAAGGGACUAGUAAGAAUAGUGUUGAUCUAGUGAUUGAUAGGCACAGAGUUGAAAGAGAAAUGAAGGAAUGGUGCACAAUACAUGUAAUUGGUGCAUGAUAUGAAGCAAGGCAAACGAGAAACCAUAAAGCAAAAGAUGGAAAGAAUGAGCAUCACAGUACUUGGUUUGAUUGAGCUAAAUAAGACUAGAAAGGGACAUUUUCACUCAGGAAAAUACAUUCUGUUUUAUUUUGUUUUAUUCUGAAACUGAAAAUCAGAAGAAAAGAAAAUAGAGUGUUUCUAAUACUGAGGCAAAAUGUAGCAAAGACUGUAAGGGGUUGUCAUGUGAUGUCAGACUGAAUAAUUUCAAUCGGGCUUCUUGGAAAACCUGUCAACGUAACCAUCAUGCAAAUCUGUGCUCCAACAACAGAUGCUGGAGAAGAAGAAUGUGAAGGUUUUUAUACAAAUGUACAGGAGGAAAUUGAUAAUGUAUGAAAAUAAGACAUACUGAUAAUUAUAGAUGACUGGAACACAAAAGUAAGAAAUCAAACAAAAUUGUUGUUAGAAAAUUUGGUCCAGGGAGCAGAAUUGAAGCAGGAGAACAGCUAAUAAAAUUCUGUGAAGCCAGUCAUCAGUAUAUUACUAAUACUUCCUGCAACCAAAAAAAUGUCUAUAUACAUGGUCACCAGAUGGCUGAAAUAGAAAUCAAAUAGAUUACAUAAUUGAAAGUAGGAGGUGGAGAAGCCAUAUUCUUGCAGCCAAGACCAGGAGCAGAUUGUGGUAGUCACCAUAAACAAUAUCAAAAAUUAGACUAAAACACAGAAGAGUGAAGUAGAGGAACCAGCACCUUUCCUAGCCCCAGUCUGACUGAGCAAUACACUGAACAUCUGGGGUCGUCUUCCAAAUGUCCAAGGGAAACUUGAAGGAUGGCAGCAAGGUAGAGGUCUUACUUUGUUGUGCCCCCCCCCCCAAUAUAUGAAAUGACCUCUGCACUGAUGCUGACCUGAGGCCGACCUUAUCUUUUUUUUUUUUUACAUUGAUAUAAGAUAAUCCUUUAUACCGAAGCUUUAAAAGAUAGACUUCCAUAUCCAUAUGUUUCAGAGAAUUACACAUCCCAGGUGGCUAUUUCUCAUUGUAUAUUUUUCAUCUGUUCUUAACUUUUCAUUUUAGAAGUAGGUAUUUUUGAUAAGAUGGCAUUUCAUUGCAUUACUUUUAUGUACUGUUGUAAGAGAGCUACAGCUGUUUGACAAUAUCAGAUGAAAUAAAUAAUAACAUUAACUGUGGACUGAAAGCAGAGAUAGUAUUAGGGAAGACUGUAAGAAGGUAACACAGAAGCAUAGUAGCCAUUUAAACUAAGGAUGAGUGGCUUUGCCCUUCUCUCAGUUUCUACUAAAUAUGCUAAAAGGGGGAGAAAGAGAUGAUGUAAUAUUUGCAGCGAUAAAUAACAAGAAAAUUCAUGCUUUGAGAAAUGAGUACACACAAGAAGUUAUUUAUGAGCCAUCUGCUGUUCUCUCAUGUGGAAUGGCAAAAAGCCUUUUUUCCCUAUCGUCCUUUGACAAUUUUGUGUAGUUUCUUAAAAUACUUACAAAUGAUACUUGGAAAUAAUGUGUCUUUUUGUUGUUGCGGUAUUUUGAGGUUGUGUUGAUAUCAAAUAGAAACGAUGGGCUCUCUUGGAUUGGAUUACUCUUGUAUAAUAAAGGAACUAGAUGUGAAAGAAAAAUUUACAGCGUCACUGAUAAAACAGUUACAUAAUCCAGCAGAUGAAUUCUUCUUUAAUGUUGCUGUAUCUUCAUAUAAAAUCAUGCUUCUAGGUGUCUGAGACAUUUUUAAAGUAGUUUGUUAAAGUUCCAUUGUCUUCAGUAUGUAUUUGGAAUGUGUUUGGAUUCCAGUGUUUAAUUUUAUUGUAUGACCAUUUUAUUUUGUACUGGAUGUUUUACAAAAUACAACCCAUUUUUCAUUUAGCUGAGUAUAUGUUGCAAUGUUUGGAAAUCUGUAUUGGUUCUUUCAUCAUUCUAUAGUUAGGAAGAAUCCAUUCCAUUUUGCCCUUUAUUAAUUCUCCUCUCCCCAGUAUCCAAAAACCCAUGUAUUACUUACAUGUUUCCGAGGUGAUUUUUUUUGUACAAAUAAUCCUUUGUAGGGUCUCAAACCAAAGAUUAUUUUUUAUAAACUCAAAUAACUAUCAGUAGUUUUAAAGAUAAGCUCUGAAUACGCUGUUGAAUUCCCAUGCAUCUAUGUCUAUUUCAGAUGUGUUAAAUUGAACCAUGAAAUAGCAUACCAUGUUUCAGUUAAAAAUUAUUGAAGCACCUUGCUGGUAGUGUGAUGAAGUGAUGCAACUGAGUUAAACAAGCUACCAUCUCCCAAUUUUCCUCUCACUGCAAGUCACUUCUGCAAAUCCCAAGCAUGCUUGGAGGUUCUCUGAUUUUCUCCCUUGCACAAGUUUCCUUAUGUUCACAUGGUAUUGAAUGACAGUCGUUAUGUGAAAAAGCCCAUUGAGUGGCUUUAUGUUAUGUUUCUGUAAUUACAUAAUGGUAAGUUGCUGAGUGUUGGGUGUCAAACAAAAAUAUUGUUUCUUAAAAAGAUGAAAAAUUACUGUGAUGUUUGAAAUAAAAUGGAGUUCCAACUGAAA